AUGAUCUCCUUAAGGCUUUGGCUAGUAUCUUUACUACUGGCGCUUCCGUUGUAUACAUAUUCUCUCAAUCACAAGCCGAACCGACCUGUGGAGGAUGUCUUCGAGAAACGCGAUCUUGAGGAAGCAAAGAAAGAUAUCGAGAAGCGACAGCAGAUUGCCACCGACCCAGAGGUUCUUGCCAGUGUCAGCUCUGUUCUUCUAUCAGUCUCCGAAGUUAUCAGAUCCCUCACCGAAAACCCAGGACUUUUCACUGCAAAUAUCGAUGAAAUCGAGGCAUCUCUUUCCUCAGUGAUUCUUUCCGUUUCAUCCGACCUGUUCCCAAUCCUUACCGACAACAACACCCCGACCCCAACUCCGACCCCGACCCCAACCCCAACCCCGACUCCAUCUGAUGAGUCAGUCUCUUCAACCUCAACGGAAGAGGAAUCUACAACUUCUGAGGAAGCGUCCACAACCUCAGACUCAGGCGAACAAUCAACAACUGAACCCCCACUUUCGACUGGAACCCCUGGUCAGGUUAUCACUGACGGAACUAGAACCGGUACCGUCGGAGAUGAUGGAACAACUAGAUUCUGUUCUGCAUCCUCUUACCUUUGCCCUGCAUCUGUAGAAUACGGCUGCUGCAGAGAUGGAUACGCAUGCGGUCUUACCGCCUGUACCCCAUCUGCUAUCGUCAACGACCCUAGCUCAAGAACAUUUGGCAGCUUUACAGCCACUGGCGGCGGCUCCGAUCCAACAAAUACUGAUGCGACCUUCUCUUUCGACCCGGUCACUUCAAAGGGAGGAGCCGUGACAACUGGAGGCGUCAACAAAGGCAACAACGAUGACAACGACGACGAUGAUAAAGGGCUCUCAGGUGCUGCCAUCGGUGGUAUCGUUGGUGGUGUUGUUGGUGGAAUCGCUAUAGUUGCUGCUGCUAUCGUUUGGUACUGCCUUGCUAAGCGCAAGUCUACGCCAACCACACCACUCGAUGGCCCCAAGACCACCGGACCAACAGAGGCGUAUACUGGUGGCCCAAUCCCCCCCCAACCACAGAUGGCUCAAUAUGCCCAGCAGCCAGACCCCAGAUAUCAAUCCCCUCCACCACAGCACCAAGCCCCUACUGGAUAUUAUCAACCACAGGGACAGCAACAAGGCGCAUAUCCACCAUACGGUCAGAAUGUUUCGGAACUCGGUGGCGCUGCUAUGCCUUAUGGUCACAAGGGGGUUGAGCAACCACCACAGGGUAUUCAAGAAGCACCAGCAAAUCAAAUCAGCAGCCCACAAUCUCCUCCGCCGCAUCAGGAAAACCAAGCAGCCGGUGGAUAUGGUGGCUUCAAAGGUCCGAGUGGCCCUGUUUACGAACUUGGAAACUAA